AUGAUUGUCCUUACAGGUUCUACUGGCGGUCUAGGCCGCGUCGCACUCCAGACCCUCCUCUCAGAGAAGCUGGUCCAGAUCGCGGGGCUGCGAAUUUCGUCCUACAAUACGGCUGCUAUCCCGGCCGCCGUCCGUGAAACCGGGAUUGAGAUCCGCAGGGGCAACCUGUAUGAACCGUCGACACUGGUGGAGUCGUACUCCGGCGCGGAGGUGUUGUUCUUGGUGUCGUUCCUUUCCAUGGGCGAGGAACGCUACAAGUUGCACCGAAACGCCAUCGAUGCCGCGAAAGCCGCAGGCGUUCGGCAUAUCAUCUACACCUCGCUCUCAUUUUGCGGUGGAGCCGAGGGCAACACCAGCGUUGCGCAGGUCGUGCAGGCCCACCUCCUAACGGAACGCUAUCUAAAGGAUAGCGGGCUUACCUACACGAUCCUCCGUAUGGCGUGUUACUUCCACCUAUGGAAUAACUACGCCGAUUUUCUGAAUCUGGAUGCCGCUCCCAACGUCGCCCAGGAAGCUGUGAUGCCCAACGACGGCCCCGAUCAUUUGGCGGACAGGGCUGAGCUGGGAGAGGCCACCGCAAAGGUCAUCGCGAACUGGCAAAACUACAUCAACAAGACCCUAAAUUUCGCUGGACCCGGGCUCUUGACUGGCGUCGACAUCAUCAAGAAGUACAUAAAGCAUACCGGCAGGAAGGUCAACGUUCGCGUCUUGCCUGUUGAAGAAGCCAUCGCGUGGCACGUCAAGAAUGGCAGUGUGCCACCGGAGCAAGCCAGCUUCCUUGAUAACUGGGCGAGCUGGCACACUGCCAAUUCUCUUGGCGAAAAGGCCUUCCUUGACCCUACCUUCGAACAGCUGCUAGGCCGAAAGCCUAAGACGAUUGAUGACCUGACUGAUGAUCUUUUCUCCCCAUCAAACGCCCUCGACACUAAGGACCUGGUGGGAAUUUAA